UAGUAAAUUUGGCGCUCCUGAAAAGGCUUUUGAAAUCAUAUUACAAUUUCCCUCCAUCCAAUUCCAGUCUCAGACUCUGUUUCCACUUCUGCUUUCUCUCUCUAGUUCCACUUUCUCUCUCCAGGCUCCGGUUCAGACCAUUAUCGAAUGGCUAUGGAGCAGCAGAGGAACCAGAAGGAGGUCCAAGAACACGAAGAACUCGAAGAAGCCCAGCACGGCCCUUCCCCCGUCGAACAGCUUCAGGCGUCAGGCAUUGCCUCUAUAGACGUAAAGAAGCUUAAAGAUGCGGGUCUUUGCACGGUUGAAUCUGUUGCUUACUCUCCAAGAAAAGAUCUUCUUCAUAUCAAAGGAAUCAGCGAAGCUAAAGUCGACAAGAUCAUCGAAGCAGCUUCCAAGUUGGUACCUUUGGGCUUUACUAGCGCUAGCCAACUUCACGCCCAGAGGCUUGAAAUCAUUCAAAUAACAUCUGGGUCAAGAGAACUUGACAAGAUCUUGGAGGGAGGAAUUGAGACGGGAUCUAUUACUGAGUUAUAUGGCGAGUUCCGCUCUGGAAAGACUCAACUCUGUCAUACACUCUGUGUCACUUGCCAACUUCCGCUAGAUCAGGGAGGCGGAGAGGGAAAAGCAAUGUACAUUGAUGCCGAGGGCACGUUCAGACCACAGAGACUGUUACAAAUUGCAGAUAGGUUUGGACUGAAUGGUGCUGAUGUGUUGGAGAAUGUGGCCUAUGCUAGAGCAUAUAACACUGACCAUCAGUCAAGGCUCUUGCUUGAAGCAGCUUCAAUGAUGGUAGAAACAAGAUUUGCUCUCAUGAUAGUAGACAGUGCUACGGCUCUAUACAGAACGGAUUUCUCCGGAAGGGGAGAACUUUCAGCAAGACAAAUGCAUCUUGCAAAAUUCCUCCGGAGUCUUCAGAAGUUAGCAGAUGAGUUUGGCGUUGCUGUUGUCAUUACAAACCAAGUAGUUGCACAAGUAGAUGGUUCUGCAAUCUUUGCCGGACCUCAGGUUAAGCCCAUUGGUGGUAACAUCAUGGCUCAUGCCUCCACAACAAGGCUUGCACUUCGGAAAGGAAGGGGGGAGGAGCGGAUUUGUAAAGUGAUAAGUUCUCCAUGUUUGGCUGAAGCUGAAGCGCGCUUUCAGAUUGCUGGAGAGGGUGUUACUGAUGUCAAGGACUGAUUAGAUUCAGUCAAUACCAAGGCAAAUUUCUUGUAAUCUAUUGAUGAUUCGCAAGGAAACAAGCCAUUUUGUCAUAACCCCUGUAAAUUUUGUUUACAUUCAAGAGCUUUUGUGGAAAGCUUCGGAGAUCUUUUUUUCAUUUUCUUUUCCCCUUUAUUACUUGUUUCGCAGUUUCUUUCCUUAAUGUUACAUAUAACACUAGCCUGGAUUUCCCGAAGGCUUCAAGUGAUGGUUCUAUUUAAUAUGUUUUACAGUGAUGUGGAUAAUGCAUAAGAGAUAAAACU